UGAUUUUCAGCCUUUUAUAACGCCAGCUUCAGCUGCUCAGUCAGGUGUAGCUGCUCCUUUUUAUUUUUUUUAUUUCACACACUUGGUUUUCUAGGAGCUGUGUGGCGAAGUAACCGUGGAUAUGUUUCGCUGUGUUUGCUUGUUCAUUUUGCUUCCUUCGUGUGUUCUUGGGCAGGCUGAUUUGCUUCUGGCAACACCUUCCAAGAGCUCUGUAUCUUCCAAUGAUCAGCCAGUUUGGGAAGGUAACUAUGCGUCUGUAGCCUUGCCUACCACAGAAGGCUCUGUCAAAGCUGUGAUUGCAAGCACUCCUGAGCCAUAUGUGCCCGAUGCUACAACUUCCCAGCCUGCUGCAGACAGCAGUGAUGCAAAAGAAAAAACAACUCUGCAGUCUAAUGCUACAACUGUUGCAACGACGGCUGCGCCAGCCCCUCAGCCCACCAAUGCAACGACGGCUGCGCCAGCCCCUCAGCCCACCAAUGCAACGACGGCUGCGCCAGCCCCUCAGCCCACCAAUGCAACGACGGCUGCGCCAGCCCCUCAGCCCACCAAUGCAACGACGGCUGCGCCAGCCCCUCAGCCCACCAAUGCAACGACGGCUGCGCCAGCCCCUCAGCCCACCAAUGCAACGACGGCUGCUCCUACAACUCCACCACUGCCUGAGAUUGGUGACUAUGUUGUCCGGGCUGAGUGGAACUCCUCUGCGUGUCUGAUGGCAAGGAUGGGUUUGCAAUUUAGCUUCAGAAUGGGAGACAGCUUUCAGACAAUAAAUCUCAACCCAAAUCCUAAUGUGACUACCACCAGUGGAACUUGUGGAAAUAAUGGCAGUGACUCUGCACUUGUGCUUAAAUCUGACACAAUUAUUGUCCAGUUUAUCUUCACCAUUCACUCAAGCAACUUCUUCAUGCGUUCCUUGAAUUUGACUGUGGUACCUGGAAGUGGCCCCUCUUUCACUGCUGUCAAUACUAGCUUAUCUCUGUGGGAGGCAUCAUUGGGGAGCUCAUACAUGUGCAAGAAGGAGCAGAGCUUCAACAUCACAGAUGCUCUUAUUUUGAAUACAUUUAACCUCCAAGUUCAGCCAUUUGGUGUCUUAAAUGACAAAUUCAGCACAGCCCAUGAAUGCUCAGUGGAUGACACCAGCCUCUUAAUCCCAAUCAUUGUUGGCGCAGCUCUGGCUGUCAUGAUUCUCAUAGUAGUGAUUGCAUAUAUGAUUGGUCGACGAAAGACCUAUGUUGGCUAUCAGACCCUGUAAUGAAGUUCCUGAAUCACAAAUUACUUCAUUAAUUCAGGUUCUCUAACAUAAUCCUGGGGCAACUGCAUCUGUUAACCUUUAAUUGGCUAGGGCCACACUGUCAGAUUUCUGUUUAAUGUGAUUUACUAAUUUGGCAGCUCCUUAGAUUCCAUGUACUAAAAUCUGAAGUGUGAUGUGUCUGUUCUAGAAUCAUCAGCCCUGGUGAUUUGUGUUUUUCCCCAGUUUUCUUGUACGUCUUUGCCUUUAUUACAAGCAAGUGAAAGGUCAUACUUUUCCACUUUCUGCAAUUGGAGCUCUCAAAUUCUGUGACUGACACUUUGCCCUAUUUGUUUAGGGAGAUUGGUCAAGUCAUGUGGCAAUUCCACUUUCAUAGCUUUAUAGUAGACCUUGCACUUUCUUCUGUUGCAGUGGCUUUUUCUCUUCCCCUCUGUGUACAAAGACAUUAAGAUGUACACUUGUUUUUGGGUCAGGUGAGGGGUUUAUGGUUUGUAUGAUGCCAUGUGGCAUUAAAUUGCACAGUUCGGUCUCAGUGUCAUCUUGUCAAAUUGCUUUAUCAGCUUUGGAAUAAGUUUCAUAAAGGGAAGGCAUUGCUUAGACACAGCCUUUGGUCGCUCUGUACAUGAAGGAACCAAACUGGGUGGAGAGGAAUACAUACUUUUUCUAUUGCGUAUCUGAAUUGCCUUUGCUGCAGGAUCAGUUCUUGAUGUCUGGGGCUUUUCCCCUCCAACCUAAUACUCUGUAGUAGUUCCACUGGUUAACUAUCUGCUGAAUAGCUGCUCAGUUUAAACUUGAAGUGCAGUCUUCAUCUGUUGGGUUUACUCUAAGAAUUUAGACUAUUGCAUGAAUAUUUGACUGGCUGGCAGCACAUGCAAUCUUAAUACCGCCUGAGGGUUUUAAGGUAAUUCAGACUUUGGGGAAGGAAUAAGUACCAAAAAGAUGUGCAUGUGAUCAAACUACUUUGGACUUGAUGCAGUUUUCAUUUACUUUUGUAUAACUAACUUUGGGUUGGAACAUUAACUUCACUUUGAAACUGUGUGCUGUGGAGCUUUCAGACAUGGUAGCAUAAGCAGCAGUGAAUAGGUAUCCUAUUGAAUGCAUGUAUUUUCAUGUCUCUCUCCAAAGUAGCUUUUUUUUUUUUAUUUCACUUUUGGUGUGCAUUUGAUUCCAUGUUGCUGAGAAUCAUUGUAUCCAUGUUCUUUCCCCACUGUUGACCUCUUAACUUUCUGUUCAUGCUAAACUAAUUGACCUGUUGCUGUCUGAUCGGUUUGGCAAUUUAGUCCUUCAUGCAUUGUUUAAUGAAGGUGCAGUUAAGAUCUAUAAAGAUGGAUGUACAUGUCAAAUUUCCAGCUUGCUGAUUUUAUGCAAUGUAAUUUAAUAAAGGGAAUUCUAACUGGCACAGAAUAUUUAAUAAACUGGUCAUUGAAACA